AUGCUGCGGAGGCCGCGCAGGAGCCGGGUGAACGCCUGGGAGGGCGGCCGGGAGGAAGAGGCGCGUCCGCGGCAGAGGGAGGAGCGGGUUCUGCUGCGAGGCAUCUUCGAGAUCCACAGGGGCAGCUGCGACGUGGUGCUGAGCGAGAGGGCCCUGAGGUGGCGGCCCAUUCAGCCCGAGCGCCCGGCGGGUGAUGCCAAGUUGAAUUUGCAAUGUAAAGAAGAAUUUAUUGAACUUAAGAACAUAUUCUCUGUGAAACUGAAACGGCGUCUUUGUAUUAAACAACCAGGAAGUGGCACUUUACUAGGCAUCACACUUUUCAUCUGCUUGAAAAAGGGACGAAAUAAAUUAAAGAAUUCUGCACUUGAUCUUAUUAAUUUAAGUGAAGAUCAUUGUGAUGUGUGGUUUAGACAGCUCAAGAAAAUUUUGGCAGGCUUUUCCAACAGACCGAAGUCAUUACAAAUACUCCUCAACCCUCAGAGGCACAGGAAAGGAGCUGCCCAGGUUUAUUACGAGAAGGUUGAACCUCUCUUGAAGCUUGCAGGAAUAAAGACUGAGGUAACAGUAACGGAACAUGAAGGGCAUGCUUUGUCGCUGCUGCAGAAGUGUGAGCUCCAGGGAUUGGAUGGCAUCAUUUGUGUGGGUGGAGAUGGAUUUGUUAGUGAAGUUGCCCAUGCCUUGCUUCUUAGAGCCCAGAAGAAUGCUGGGAGGGAAGCAGAUGGACUCCUGAGCCCAGUCAGAGCCCAGCUUCCACUUGGCUGGAUACCAACAGGAUCAAACAAUGUGUUGGUACAUUCUCUUUGUGGACUCCCUCACGUGGUUACUGCAACUUUGCGCAUUAUCAUGGGAGACCUCCGACCCGCUGAUGUCUGCACCUUUAGUACCACGGGCAAACUUCUGCGCUUUGGGUUCUCAGCCACGUUCGGCUUUGGUGGAAGAACUUUGGCACUGGCAGAAAAGUAUCAAUGGAUGUCCCCCAACCAACGAAGAGAUUUUGCUGUAAUUAAGGCACUGGCAAAACUCAAGCUGGAGGACUGUGAAAUAUCAUUUUUGACAUUUGACAGUUCUCAGGAUAUACAAGAAAGGAGGGAACAAGGCUCUCGAGAAUCUGACUAUAAUGACCAAUGGCAAACGAUCCAAGGGCAAUUCUUGAAUGUCAGCAUUAUGGCAACGCCCUGUUUGUGUUCAGUGGAACCUAACCACAGAAUAAACAAUGGAGGUAUGGCUCUAAUAAUUGCGCGGGACACAUCUCGGCCAGAAUUUAUAAAGCAUUUGAAGAGAUACGCCAGUUCAAAAAAUCAGUUCAAUUUUCCAUUUGUUGAGACUUACAUUGUUCAAGAAGUAAAAGUUUGUCCGAAGAACACUACGAGUGGAAGUAACACAGAGGAGGAGGAGAAAUCUUGUAGAAUUGCUUCAGAAGAACAUUUCCCUUGGAAUGUAGAUGGCGAUUUAUUGUGGGUUACAUCAACAGUCCAUGUUAGAUUGCAUCCAGGACUUAUCAGUCUUUAUGGAAGCACCAUGGAAGAGAUGAGUGAUCCUAAAAUUACAUUGUAA